AUGCUCUUCUCAAGGAUUGCCCUUCUAUCAGCGGGCUUGCUCUCGCAACUGGCUGCUGGAGCGACCACCCAAUUUAGCAAUGCACGACGCUUCAUGUUUGAUGUUGAUGGGAAUUUCAUUGACGCGUACGGAAGUAAAAUCAACUACGGAAAGUACUACUUGUAUGGAAACAGUUGGUCGAUCGAGGGUAGCUCGGCAUACGGUAUCAAGAGCUACUCCUCGGUAGACCUGAAAAUCAGGAAUUACGAAGGUUUCCUCUAUGAUCCCACCACCACCGAUGCUUGCUCGGGAUCCGGAGGCUGCGGUCGCCCUCAUAUCGUCUACAACACCAAAACCAAGAAAUACAUUCUCUGGGCCAACAAUGAUGGUUAUGUGGUGGCAACAUCCGACCACCCCGCUACAGGAUACAAAUUCCUUACCACUCAGCCUGCUCUGGAUCCCGUGGUUGCGAAAUUGAAUCCAGCCGACUUUACUGUUGAGCUCAUCAACAAUGAGGGAUAUAUUGUCUACAGUGGCUUGAAUUUUACCUAUGCUGGUGCAGGCAGUUUAUGGCCUCAAAUCUCCCAAUCCUUGUACAUUGGCCACCUGACCUCCGACUUGGAAAACACUACCACAGUGGCAUAUGAUGUCAAGUCACCGGCUAAUGACAUAGUCGACAACCAAGCAGAAUCACCCGAUGUAAUCUACCGGGACGGAAUGUGGUGUAAGAACGGCACAUUCCGAAUCAUGAUGGAUAAUUUGAUCGCUAACCAUUUACAUUUAGACGUCUUUGCUUCAAAUACCUGCGGAUACUGCAGCGGAACAUUGGCCGUCGUCUACCGGUCGUCGUCUAUUCAAGGACCCUGGAAACGCCAGAUUUUGAGCGGAGAUUCAUGCAAUUCUCAACUGGAGGGUGUCCUUCCCCUGGUCAACCCAAAGACAAAGGAGACGACAUACGUGUGGCACGGUACAUCAGUUCCCGGCGGCCCAAGGACCGGCUUUGGUGGACAUAUCUUCCAGCCUUUGGUCUUUAACAAAGAUGGUAGCAUCCAGGAUCUCAAUUGUAGCCCAGAGGCCACAUUUGAGGUGGACUUCACCCCUGGUGAAGGAGCCACUGCAUCAGGUCUAGCAAGCCAGUCAACUGAUAAGAGCCCUGACCUUGCUUCUUACACCACUGUCUGUGACUCCGACCAGUACAUUCUUUAUCAAACUUGGACCGCCGAGCGCACCGGACUCCUUGAGUCGGUUUCCGUCAACAUUGCAGCCACGACGCAAACUACGGCCUUGGAGGUCACCCGUUCUUUUCUCCCCAGCAAUUUGACCUGGGUAUUUAACAAUGCCACCGUCCAUGUCGAUGCACAUGUGACUGCUGGUGAGAGAUUGGGAAUCCAGAUUUCUGGAGCGGAUUUUGCACCAUAUUGCCACCUCGAAUACCCUCUUGCUACAGGUCAAAAGUCGGAAGACAUGAUUCUGUUCCAGCAAGGUGGUGGACAAUAUUCUGCCAGAGGUGCCAAGGGAAACUCACCUCCAAUUCAAGUUCGCGAGCAACGAGGUCUCAAGUUCUGGGCGGUAGUCAACUAA